UAAUUUGAUAUAUCAUAUGAUAUAUGAUAUACUAAAUGAUGGCCCAAGAAGUGGAGCAAAAUAGUGACCAAUCUGUAGACACGAUCUGCAAUAAGAAGUCAUUGUUGCAGUCAAUUGAUCGACGGAUCAGUACUGUUGAUGAAUUGGUUGACGAUAUGACUAGUCUUGAGACAACUAUUCUUCCUUUGGAUCGGUUCAAGCAAUGGGUGUAUUGUAUAGCAAUCGUUGCGUUUGAUAUCGAGUUGGGACAAACCAUUCAGCAAAUAUAUCCCGCAUCAGUUAAACUGACGGAACGGGAGAUAUCAAACAUAUGUUAUCUAUCUUUUCCCGAUUCAAACUCUGGCUGUAUGGGUGACACACAGUUCCACUUUCGGACCAGACUUUGUCCAAUUCAUCGCAAAAGUGUAUCAAUUUAUAAGGACUAUAAUAAAAAUUGUUAUCAACCAUUACAAGUCGAUGGCACACACUUUUAUGGUUACGUAUACUUCCGUCAAGUGAAGGACAGGACCGCCCGUCGCGGAUAUUUCCAAAAAUCUUUGGUUUUCUUAACUCGACUUCCAUUUGUUCGCUUAUUUUCUCAAGUUAUUCAACUAAUGGCUCCACAAUUCUUUGAAUGCGGUGACGCCAGUCUUGAAGCUGCGUGUCACGACAUUGACCAGUGGCCGCCACCAACUCCGGGAUCGACAUUAAAUUUGCCACUUUUGGGUGUCAUUCUUCAAAUAACAAUACCAAACAAGACUGACAAACUGAAUCACUCGCCAAAUACAGAGAAUCCCAAUCCAUCACUCAGUAUAACGGCUUUAAAUGACAGCUCUAUCUCAUCCUCAUCUUCACAACAAUCAUUAACUCCCUAUCCAUUAGUCAUACCAUCAGUUUAUGAGCUAAAUAUAUAUAAAUCCUUGGCAUCAAUCAUAACUCAUGUUCAACUACUUUGGGAGCUAAUACUCACAUGUGAACCGAUUACAGUAAUGGCAUCCACUCCUGAUGUUUGUUCCGAAACUGUCCAAUCAUUAGUUGGUCUCAUUUUGCCGAUUAAAUAUGGAUCCGAUUUUAGACCAUUCUUUACAAUUCAUGACUCGGAGUUUAAAGAAUAUACUACUAAAACACAGUCACCUCCACCCGUGAUAUUAGGCGUUACAAAUCCAUUCUUUGCUAAAACUCUUCAGCAUUGGCCACACAUUAUCAGAAUUGGUGACUACGGUUCAGUAAACAAUCAUAAAAAUAAAAUAAAGAAAACUGGAAUCAUUAAGACUUUGGAUUCAAAGACUGGUGUUUAUACCAAAUAUAAACCAUUUCUUCAAAAAGACCGCGAAAUACUUAAGAAAUUAGUAAAAGGAAUUGAGAUGAAACGACCACAAGAAGUCCAGAGCGCUCUUCUUAGAAGAUUUUUUAUAGAACUGACACAAAGUUUUUUAAUACCUUUAGAGAGAUAUUUCGCUUCACUAAUGCCAUUGCAAAAGAAUGUCUCGCCGUUUAAGAAAACACCAAUUCUGCAACACUUCAGACCCGACGACUUCUUAAAGUCAUUAGAAACAAGUGGUCCUCAAUUGACAAGUAAUAUCAAAGGUGAUUGGAUUGGUCUCUACCGUAAAUUCUUGCGCUGUCCUAACUUUAUUAGUUGGUAUGAUUCGCGUCUUAAAGAGGCCAAUCAAAAGUUACGGGUGCUUCAUAUGGAAGCAAUAUCUGGCGCUAAUCUAAUGGAUUGGAUUCGCGAUAAGGCGGAAGUUGAAGUGGUUGACCUAAUAUUAAGACUCAAAGAAAAAUUAUCAUUAGCUGAGAACGAUUCUUUGCCUUUGAGUGACCAAACUGUAUAUAAAUUGAGGUCAACUUUAAAUGACAUAAUUAACACUUUGCCCGAUGACCUCAAACACAUUUUAUCAAAAUCAUAAUUUCAU